AUGUUUUUCAGGAGACAUAAGCUUCACCUUGAGGAGCUCAACCUAACAUCUCCCGACUCCAUGCUGCAGCUCGGGCGGGAAGCCAGCUGGCUCCAGUUCCACCUGGGAAUCAGCCGCGAGGGGCUGUACCCCAGAUCCAGCCCUGCCGUUCACAAACUCCUUCGCGACAUGCGGGAUCUGAACACCGUCAGUGCUGACUACACUCAGGACGAGAAAGCUUUAUUAGGAGCCUGUGACUGCACCCAGAUUGUGAAGCCCAGCGGGGUACACCUGAAGCUGGUGUUGAGACUCCAGGACUUUGGGAAAGCCAUGUUCAAACCCAUGAGACAGAAACGUGAGGAAGAGACGCCCGAGGACUGUUUCUACUUCGUUGACUUUCAGCGGCACAAUGCGGAAAUAGCCGCCUUCCACCUCGACAGGAUCCUGGAUUUCCGACGGGUCCCCCCCACCAUCGGAAGGCUGAUCAACGUCACCAAGGAUAUCCUGGAGGUCACAAAGAACGAGAUGCUACAGAGCGUCUUCUUCGUUUCCCCCGCCAGCAACGUGUGUUUCUUUGCGAAGUGCCCGUACAUGUGCAAGACGGAAUAUGCCGUGUGUGGGAACCCGCACAUGCUGGAGGGCUCCCUCUCUGCUUUCCUGCCGUCCCUCAACCUGGCCCCGAGACUCUCCAUCCCCAACCCCUGGAUCCGGUCCUACUCGUUUGCUGGAAAAGAGGAGUGGGAAGUGAAUCCGCUUUACUGCAACACAGUGAGGGAGAUUUACCCCUACAACCGCGGCAACCGGCUACUCAACAUCAUCGACAUGGCCAUAUUUGACUUCCUGAUCGGGAAUAUGGACCGGCAUCACUAUGAAAUGUUCACUAAAUUCGGGGACGAAGGCUUCCUCAUUCACCUGGACAACGCUAGAGGCUUUGGAAGACAUUCCCAUGACGAAAUAUCCAUCCUAGCUCCGCUCUCCCAGUGCUGCAUAAUCAAGAGGACGACGUUAUUGCGCCUGCAGCUCCUGGCCCUGCCCGAGUACCAGCUCAGUGACAUAAUGAGGGAAUCCCUCCUGCUGGAUCACCUUGCGCCCGUCCUCACGGAACCUCACCUCUUGGCUUUGGACAGACGACUGGGGCACAUCCUGGAGACUGUGGGGAAAUGCAUAGAGACCCACGGAGAAGACAAAGUCAUAGCAAAUGACACCAAACUGCUGGAAAUGCCCUUGUUCGACAGAGUGACGCCAGCCAGCUAGAGACUUGGCAGAUCCUUUGGGGGGCAGGAAAGAGCUCCUAGGAGGCAGCAGGUGAACUUUAAUUGCCCAUAAUUUUCACCUACACAAGCCUGUGGGACUCGAGGGGAAGAGCUCGGUUUCCUACGGGGCUCGUAUGGGGACACUGCUCAGCAAGAGCGCACCACUCCAGCAUUCGGGCAGGGGGUCAACUUUUGCCAAGUACACUUGUAGGCCCAGGCUUGGCCUCUAGACUUGCCCCUCAAGCUACUCCCCCCUCAGUGGCUCAGCAUGGCCUCAUCUGCUCUGUAGCUUGUGCAGCCCCUGGGAGGAGCCGGGGCACUGCUUUACUGUAGCUACCCCAGAGCCGAGUCCUGCCCCCGAGAGACACCAAACCCAAGAAUGAGGCUUGAAUAAAGCAACACUGACAGGAAGCAUGUGGGGCCAGCUUCUGAGAGUGAGGUGAAGCACUGGACUAAGAGGGGCCUUCCCCAUGGCAAGCCAGGGCAACCUCUGUCACCAGAAAGUCAAGGCAGCCCAGGGGCCAGCUCAGCACUGCCUGGCCACUAAUCAUGCCAUCAGAAACCCCUCCAUCAGCCACAGCUAAACUGACAAGCAGCUCCACAGGAGGUGUGGGGCGCACAGCCCCUCCCCCAGCCAAAUAUUUGAGCUUUCUAGCUAAUGUUACAAGGGCAGAAAGAGGAAACAUGCUGUGGGGUUCCAAGAAGAGUCAACUUAGCAUUCGUUUUCUUUAGGCCCCAGGAGCACAGCUCUGUGAAAAGAUAAAAGAGCUUGACAAAGAUGUAGCACUGAAAUCCACACAGCCAAGAGGGUGUUUGCCUUGAGAACUGGGUUGCUAAGCACGAGGUGCUCUCGCCGGUGAACACAAGCACAGAGGAACAGCUUUAAAAACCAACAUUUGUCUAAGCCGUUGUUCAGCAGCCCACCAGGAUACAGCGGAAGCUAGCAACAGAUCCAUCAUUCUCCAUAGCCCCUCUGCAGAUCAAGUAUCUUAGAAAUUGGAGACUAAAUCAAAGCCAGGAUUCCUCCAAGGCCCUUAGACGCGUGGUCAUCUUCCCCUUGCCUCCAUAGGCAAACUGAUUUGCAAACUGAAUCUUUACCACCCUGCACCAUUUUCAGAAUGAUGGAGUUGAGCUUUUUUGGCAACCUAAUGAAAGCAGUUGAGAGUGAUUGCUCAUCUUCUAAUGAUCUGUGUCAAAUUAUCAACACCAUUGUAUUCUGUGGCUGACUGGAUAGAACGUUUGACACCUGUCAGCUGAGAAUUUGAAUUGAUCACAUGACACAUUAAGCCUCUGCCAAAAAAAAAAAAAAAAAAGACAUGGAUUUCAACUAGAGUUCGUAACCCGGCUUUCAGCAAGCUGUCUCAGGGUUAGUUAUGUUGCUAGUUGAAAUUUGCCAUUUAAAGAGAGUUUUCAAUACAGCCAGUCCCCAACUUACAAAUGCAUCGACUUACGACCAUCCACACUUAAAACCAACCUCCCAUUAACCCCAUUACAGCCGGUCCCCAACUUAUGAACGCACCAUCCGCACUUACGAACAGCGCGGCUGUAUGCAAAAGCAUGUAUUUCCGACUUACGAACAAAUAGAGUUACGACCAAGUGCUCGGAACGUAACACAUUCAUAAGUUGAGGACCAGCUGUACUGAUUGAUAAUGGGCACAAAAUGAAGAUUAAUCUCAACUCUCAAUCAAA